UAGAGAGAACGAUGGGAAAACGCCGAAGACGCAAAAUGGCGGCUGCGAUAUCAUCAGCGAAUUGGGCGUUUGUUGCUGCUGCAAGGCGUGGAGGACGACAAUGGGGAACCAUUCCUUUGUCCUGUAGUUCGGGACCAAACACAAGAAAGCUUGUUCUAUACUCGAAACCAGGAUGUUGUCUCUGCGAUUGCCUCAAAGAGAAGCUUCAAGCUGCCUUUUCUCUCUCUGGUCCUGAUUCGCUCCACCACGUCACUCUUCAGGUAAGAGAUAUCACUACGAAUCCUGACUGGGAAAGGGCUUAUCAGUAUGAGAUACCAGUCCUGGCCAAAGAGAAUUCUGAUGGCAAAGAGGAGAUUUUGCCAAGGUUGUCUCCACGUUUAAGUGUGGAAAUUAUACAAAAGAAGUUACUUGCUGCUUUUAGUUGAUCAAGAAAACGUGUGUAAGGUGCUGCGAUGCCACUUCUUGGUAACAUCUUGGAAGUCAGCAUUCUAUUUCCCUUUAUCAAAAAAUGAGAGCAAGUUUGCUCAUGUAAGCAUUCAAUAUCUUGGAUUCAUACAUUUGCUAGUUGUGUAAUCUUCUAUGCCUGGCGAUCAAACACAUUACUAUAUUACAAAAGCAA